CUGCAGUAGCGUUCCGGAGCGCGAGCAGUGUGGAAGCGGGUGCUGCGAUGCACCGAGCGGACAUGGUCCAGACGUGCACAAUGGACGACCAGGAGCUGUGGGAUGACCACGAGGAGGAUACGCAACAGGAGAGCGGCACCUCGAUGCCGGAGCCGGUGACGCUGCGGCAGAUGCAGUACCGGCGCGGCUGCGUCUCUGAGAGCCGCGCCGAUUCUCCAGCGCGCCUGUGGCCCACGCGGCCCGUCUCGCUCUCCUCUGCCUCCUCGUCAGACUCGGGGGUGCGCGGAGACAUGAGCGACGCCUCGUCGGUGCGACAGCCGUUCACCGGCCUGUCGGCCGACUCGGGGUGCUCAGGAUGGGACCAGAUGGACGAGGACGACUGGGACUCGUGCAGCGACGCGUCCGGCGAGUACGAGCCGCUGCGGGAGCCGCUGCCGCCGCUACUGGAGGUGCGCGGCACGCCCGCCUACAACCGCAGCCUGACGCACCCGCUGCCGCCGCCGCCGCCGCCGCGACCGCCGCCAGGCACCCUGCCGCGCCGCAAGGACCUGACGCGCCACCUGGGCCUGCCGCGGGAGCUGGGCGGCAGCCUGGCCGAACUGCGGGCCGGUAACACGGCGCGCCGGAAGGACCUCAGCCUGUUCCUGGGCAUGGCCGAGCCGAGCACACCGCCGCGGCCCGGCCUCUGGCGCCGCUGGGCCUCUAAGCGCGGCCCCAGACCGGAGCGGGACCGUUCGGCAGACCCCCGCAACGGCUCGCUGCCGGACCUGGCACGCCUGGCCGCCGGCGGCGACACCGUCUCCAUGCCGGCCACACCGUGUCGGCGCCGUGCGGCCGCCUCACCUCGCCUGCUGCGGGCCGCCCUGCGACGGGUACAGGAGCGAGCACUGCGCGCUGUGGCUCGUACCGGCACCGCCGAGGUCCCCGGCCUGGACGAGGGCGGACCGACGCUUGUCUUCCAGGCGAAACGCGGCAGUUUUGAAGCGCCGUCGAUUCUGUUCUCUGGCGACCGGUGGCAGGCUCCGUCUCGGCCCAGACCGUCCCAGCCCAUCGCGAUCCGGUACAAGCCGCGGCUGGCGACGCCGCCUCCGGAGCUGCCGACCGCCGCCAGCUGGUCCCCGGCCGACUGGUCGGCGGCCGCCGAGUACCGGCUGCCCCCGCCGCCGCCCCAAGUUCCGCCGCCGGCCGACACCGACGCCGAAGACGACGGUGACGACGACCCGACGUACAUGACGAUGGAGGCGAUCCGGGCGCUGGGGCGGCCGCCGCUGCCGCCGCCGCGCGUCACCGUCGAGUCCUGUGACGAGGGCGAGGAGUCCGGCUACCUGUCCAUGGACGCGGUGCGGCAGCUGGUGCGCGCUCACCGCGCCGCCUCGCCGACCCGGCCGCGGCUCGGCUCCGACUACGCCAACCUGGCGGACCUGCGGUCGGCACUGGCCGGCCUACGGCUGGCGACCGCCGCUGGACAGAGCUGAGGUCACCGGCGCCGGGUCACGGCCGGGUCAGACGCGUCUGGCCGCGCGGAGAAUCCGCCGGAACUGAUCCGAUUCGCGGAAGACGCCGGAAACGGGAGGAGAUGACGGGAAACCCACAGCGGGUAUCGUGAUAGGGAGGGGAGCGGCACGGGAAGGAUGUGAUCCAACGCCGCCGUUCGAAGCGCUGUGUCGGUCCGCGGCAAGUUGUGCCCGCUGCACCGCUGUGAUGUAGUCUGUAAUAUUUCUCUGUGUAUUCCGGGCCGGUGCCGCAGGUCUCGGGCCGCCCGCUGUGUACUCGCUGUAUCAGUGUACCUGCCGAGGAGGGACGUCCCGGCCGGCGGCUCGUGCCGUCGGCCGGCGAUCGUCCCGAGUCAGACCCCCGCGGCCGGUCCGGCUCCUGUGUGACACGGCCCGUGACAUUGAUCGUGUAUUGAGCGUCUCUGUGCAUCGGGCGGGGUCGGGUGCUCGGCCCGGCCCCGUCACAGUCAUGUAAAACUAGUCAUAUGUCGAGCCAUGCACCCAAUACACCCCGUUAUACGUAUCACA